AUGUUUAAGCAAGCUCUCGCUGUUGCUCUGUGUCUCUUCCCCGCCGCCGCUUCGCUGGCCGAUGAGCCGCGGCGUGAACCGAUGACGACCACCUGGGGCGACAAGGUCACUGCCGACAACGUCUGGCAGGAGUACCCCCGCCCGCAGCUCGAGCGGAGCGACUGGACCAACCUCAACGGCAAGUGGUCCUACGCCGUGACGCCGAGCGAGUCGGUCACGACGCCAGAAGAGUGGGACGGCGAGAUCCUGGUGCCGUUCUGCCUCGAGUCGCACCUCGGCGGCGUGAAGCGUGAGCUGCAAGCCGACGAGGCCUUAUGGUACCGCCGCACAUUCAACGCCAAGAAGAAGGAAGGAAAGCGGACGCUGCUCAACUUCGAAGCCGUCGAUUACGCCUGCGAGGUGUGGGUCAACGGCGAGUCGGUCGGCACGCACCGCGGCGGCAACACGCCCUUCUGGUUCGACGUGACCGAUGCUUUGAAGUACGGCGAGAACGAAUUGACGGUCCGCGUCAUGGACGCCACCGAGGACUGGCAGCUCCGUGGCAAGCAGGUCCGCAACCCUAACGGCAUCUGGUACAUGCGCGUCUCGGGCAUCUGGCAGACGGUGUGGCUCGAAGAAGUCGGCGAGGCAUGGAUCAGCGACCUCGACAUCACGACCGACGCCGCGAAGGGCACAAUCACGAUCAAAGCCGAUAUCGAAGGUGAUGGCAAGCACGCGCUGGCUGUCCGAGCAUUGGACGGCGACAACGUCGUAGUUAUUGAAAGCUCCGACGAAGGCCCUGUCACCCUAACGAUUCCCGACGCGAAGCUCUGGUCGCCAUCAAGCCCCCAUCUAUAUGACUUGCAGGUCUAUCUUUUCGAAGACGGUAAUAAAUCCCACAUCGACAAGGUGAAGUCGUAUGCCGGCAUCCGCUCCGUCGGCACGACGAAGGACAAGGACGGCAACCUGCUGCUCACGCUCAACGGCGAGCCGAUCUUCCACUGGGGGCCGCUCGACCAGGGUUGGUGGCCGGACGGUUUGCUGACGCCCCCUUCGGACGAGGCGAUGCUCUCCGACGUGGAGUACCUCCGCGACGCGGGCUUCAACAUGAUCCGCAAGCACAUCAAGGUCGAGCCGCGCCGCUACUACUACCACUGCGACCGCCUCGGCAUGAUGCUCUGGCAGGACCAAGUGAGCGGCGGCCCGAGCCCCAAGUGGACCCGCCUCGCGCCGGACCCCGAGGACGCCGACUGGCCCGACGCUCGCCACGAACAGUGGAUGCUCGAACUCGAGCGGAUGAUCGACGAGCUCGACAGCCACCCGUCGAUCGUCGUCUGGGUGCCGUUCAACGAAGCCUGGGGCCAGCACCGCACCGUCGAGGUCGGCGAGUGGCUCGUGAAGCGCGACCCGUCGCGGAUCGUCAACGUCGCCAGCGGCGGCAACUUCUGGCCCGCCGGUCACAUCGUUGACCACCACGCCUACCCGCACCCCGACUUCCCGUUCAACCGCGGCAAAGAGGGCCGCUUCGACGGCUUCGUGAAGGUCGUCGGCGAGUUCGGCGGCCACGGCUUCCCCGUCGAGGGCCACCUCUGGCGCCCGGGCAGCCACAACUGGGGCUACGGCGGUCUGCCUAAGGACGAGGCCGAGUACCUCGACCGUUACCGCGAGUCGCUCCGCAAGCUAGGCGAACUCCGCAGCAAGGGCAUCGCCGCGGGCGUUUACACGCAAACGACCGACGUCGAAGGCGAGAUCAACGGCCUGCUGACGUACGACCGCCGCGUCACCAAGAUCCCGGCGAAGGAACUGGCGGAGAUCGCCGAAGAGCCCCGCGGCUGA